UCCCUGUGUAUAGAAUAGUAUAUGAAAAAUAAUACGUGCUCACAUAGGUGACGUUUAUGAAACCUGUUUUUUUUUUAAUUUUUCUACUAAGGUGCUCCUUGAAUAAAAAAAACAUCUUAGUGGCUAUAGUUUCUAAGUUAAUGGUUAUUUUUACAUAAGAUUCAUUUACGGGAGAAAAAUUUGAAAAAGACAAGGUUACCUGAUUGUCACCUAUGUUUAGAUGUGCUAUUGUGGACGUACUUUUAGAGUGCUAAGGUGAAUGUGAGGUAAUACUGUGACAGGCAUAUACAAUUAUAAUGUGUAUUAAAACAAAUAUUUUUGUUAUUGAAAUUUUAAUGAUAACAAUUAUUGUUAACGUCUUUUAAGAUUUUCGACAAGAUAACUCGAUAACCAUUGUCAAUUAAAAUUUAAAUAAUUUUCAACUUCAUUUGAAAAUGUUCCCUGUCGAAAUUUGGGAAAAAAUUUUGAAAAAUAUUGAUGCAGGCGAUCUCAUUCGCUUGAAAACUGUAAAUAGCGUGUGGAAUGCUAUUAUCUCUAAAUAUUUGCAAGAAUCGGAUGCUUGGUUUAAGCAAUGCAGCAAGGAUGUUCCACAAAAGUAUUGGCUUUCACUUUUGGAAAAUUCACUUUACUUGACAACUCUAUUGCACAAGCACAAAAACCUAAAUGAUAAAAGUGAAUAUCUUAACUAUAAAGUAUGGAUGAUAAUUUAUCGGGCUUGGGUAAAAUGGUCUAACAUUGAAAGCUGUAAUGCUAAUAUUAUUGACAUAUUCUAUCCUAUGCCUGAACAUCGCCCAUCAGAGCAUAUAACAUGUUGUUCUACUUUAGGAGAACUGGUAGUUAUUGGCUCUACAGAAGGAUACAUCAGGAUAUUCAAUCUAUGUAGCAAUAAACUUGUAUUCAGAAUUGAUCAAUAUGUAAAAGUUUUAGAUGUAAAGUUGUGUCUUCAAGGAAAGAACAAUGAUAAAAUUAUUUUGAUAGCUACUUCAGUUACUAAUAAAAGUACAGUUUGGGAUAUAACAAGUCAAACAAACUUGAUGACUAUGACUGGUGAUGUAAUAUGUGCUGGAUAUGGGUAUUACUGUACAACACUGUGUUAUGAUAAAAUUCUUGUACAUGAUGCUGUAAAUGAAAAUUCUUUUCCUAUUAGACUGUUUAUAAAAGAUUAUAAUAUGAAACCUAACAAAAGAUACAGCAAUACCAGGCCUAUUAUGAAAUAUGUAGAUAUGGCAAUUAAUGAACAGCAACUUUGUUUCUUGUCUGAUACAGGAUUAUAUUGUGAAUUAAAUUUGCAAGAUAUAAGUCAGUCUUCUAAAACCUUAUAUACCCCAAAUGUCACAUAUAUUGGAAUACCAAAGAAUCACAAAAUUUAUCGUUACUAUUUAUUCAGUCAGCAUGUAUCAUUUUGUAUUACAGAUAGAGGAUAUUUGGGAGUUUCCAUUCAUAAAAAGAGAUGGCAAAUGUAUAAUGUAUAUCCAUUUCUUGAAGGCAAAGUUACAGCUCUCACAUUUCACGUUCGUGUUUUAGUAUUUGGUUUAGAUUCAGGAGAUGUAUGUCUGUUUUUUGCGGAGAACAUUUUAAGUUUACAAGCACUAGAUUUCAAAUCUCAAAAGUUCAAAAGAAUCCACGUUGCGUCAGAACCAAUUGUUUGCGUAAAUAUUAUGGAAAUCAAAGGUGAUCAAAGACUGUUAGUUGCAACGAAAAAUACUGUUUAUCAUAUCAAAUUUUAA